AUGAAGACCUCCGUCAACCCCGUCGUUGCCUCCCUCGGGCUGGCCCUCGCCCGUGGCGUCGCGGCCGUUCCUUCGGUCUAUGCCAGCAACCACACCGUUGGCCCCGAGCUGAAGACCUGGCCUGCCGAGGCUGCCAAGUCCCUCAACGCGAUGAUUGCUGCCAACGCCAACCAGAGCAACUAUGCCGUAUUCGACAUGGACAACACCAGCUGGCGCUUCGAUCUUGAGGAGUCGCUGCUGCCGUUCCUCGAGAGCAAGGGUGUCAUCACUCGCGAGGCCAUGGAUCCCUCGCUGAAGCUGGUCCCCUUCAAGGACACGGCCAACUACACCGAGACGAUGUACAGCUACUACCUCCGCCUGUGCGACAUUGACGACAUGUUGUGCUACCCCUUUGCGGCCCAGAUCUUUAGCGGCAUUCCUCUCAGCGAGCUCAAGGGCUACGUGGACGAGCUCAUGGCGCUCAACACCACCAUCUCGACCACCUACUACGAGGGCGAUGUCAUUACCCCCACCGAGGUGUCUCCUCCCAAGAUCUUCACCGGUCAGGUCGAGCUCUACAACAAGCUGAUGAACAACGGCAUUGACGUCUACGUCAUCACCGCUUCCGGCGAGGAGCUCGUCCGCAUGGUUGCCUCCGACCCCAAGUAUGGCUACAACGUCAAGCCCGAGAACGUUAUCGGUGUCACUCUCGUCAUGAAGAACCUGACCUCUGGCGAGCUCACGACUUCCCGCAAGCAGAUCACCGAGGGCACCUACGAUCAGGAGGCGAACCUUGGUCUCGUCAUGACCCCCUACCUAUGGACUCCUGCGACGUGGAUGACGGGCAAGUGGGCUGCCAUUCUCACUUACAUUGACGAGUGGAAGAAGCCUAUUCUCGCCGGUGGCGAUACCCCUGCCAGCGAUGGUCCCAUGAUCUUCCAGGGCGUCGACGUCUCCAAGGGCGGCAUCCACCUUUGGAUCAACCGCAAGGACAGUGCUAUGGAGGAGAUGAACGGCAUGAUCGAGGAGUACACGGCCGAGCAGACGAAGCUGGGCCUCCCCGUUACUGCCGACAAGAACUGGGUUAUCGUCAAGCCGGAUGACAUUCUGUAA